CUGAAAUUGACUCAGUACCGCAGAGCAGGAACCAGUUCUUGCAAGAUUUUGUAAGGAUGCGAACGAAUGCUGCGUGAUUCACUCCAAUUCUGUUGACACCGGACGCCGCAUACAUCUUUCCUCUGCCAUGGACAGUUACUCGCAGCGGGCUAGGAACCCUGUGGAUGAGCAAUGUGCCUCGUUCCUGCCAGCGGCAGUGCCAGAAACAUGCGAGGGAGCUCGUCUUUCAGAACCGAUGUCUUCUUUCGAAGUCCUUCCAGAGUCUGAAACACGCCAGUGCCAGCUAGGAACAAUUGCAGGGGGAGGAGGGGAAGAACGGGGGCCUGGCUGUGACCUGUCGCUACAUUUCCACGCUGACUCGCCUCCGCACCAACCAAUUCUGCUGGCGUUGCCAGGAGAAUGCGGACUUCUCUCGCUGCCUCCCUGUGAUGACGCGAUACUGUCAUUGAGUGACGAUAGUCGAGGCGGCAUCCGCUGCCCGUCCGGGGGACUCCGUCUUUCAACACCUGUCUCCACAGACACGGCGUUAACGAACAACUAUGAGAUUGUUUUGUACAAAAAUCGGAACAUCGUUUUGUACAACCCUCAUACCAACAGGGCUGGAGCGAGACCCAUAACAGCUGCAGAAGAAAGAGCGCUCAGCCUCAAUCCUAUGGGCCGGUGUCCACUUUGUGGGCAGACAGCUGACCUGAAACAGUUCUCCUUUGAAGCUCGAACGUACUUCCAGAUCCUUCAGCAUCUCUUCAGACGUCUCAGGAGACAGCAAAGCUCAGCCUCGUCGCCAAGCCGGUAUAGCCGCUUUACCACCGAGACAUCUGAGGUACCGGCUUCAUCUUUGGCGUCUGUCGUGCUCGAGACAUCGGAUGUUUCUUCACCCCCCACGACGGCAUUGUUGUCGUACAACACCUCGUCAGAGGCGACAGAGAGUUCUGAUCGUUACACUACCGAAUCUCGAUCUUCGCCGUCAGCAGUCAACUCAGUACUCCGCACGCGAGGAGCCAGUGGAAAUUCCUCUCCCGGAGGUACACGCGAUGACGACUCAACGAGGUCUCGUCACGCUGCGAUGGCGCAGAGCGCGUACUCCGCGGCAGAUUCGAGUAGUUCGUUUUCAACGGAGUUUGAAGGCCAGCGGGAGUGUCGUGAGCAUAGGAAAACCGACCCACCUGAGCGUGAAGAGCCCCAAUCCCCGUUCUUUUCUUUCGGAGCAUAUCAGCCUCAAGGAGUGGAUGCGAUACCCUCUACCCGGAAUAUCCCCGCGGAGCUUUUGAUCACCGGCUACUACAAUCGCUUCUUUAUUGAAAAGCAAAAGCUGGGAAGCGGGAGUUAUGGCCAGGUCUAUCUCUGCACACAUAUCCUUGAUGAACUCACGCUGGGGGAGUACGCAGUUAAGAAACUUCCAGUCGGUGAUGACAAGCACUGGCUUGCAAAGAUGCUUCAAGAAGUCAAAAUUAGGGAAAAGCUUCAUCAUCCGAACAUUGUGGAUUACAAGCAUUCUUGGCUGGAGAUGCACCGGUCGAAUCCCAUGUGUCCUUGGGUUCCAUGGCUCUUCGUCCUCAUGGAAUAUUGUAACGGCGAUAGUCUGGAAAAUUUGAUCUGGGACCGAGGUGUGGAGAAUCCGCCGUCGCGUUACCUGACAGACGACCAGAUCUGGAAAUUGUUUUUCGACAUUCUUUUCGGUCUCCAACAUCUCCACCACAGCGCUAUUCUGUACAGAGACAUGAAGCCACCGAAUGUACUUCUGCAGCACUCUGUUGAGCGAAUGACUGGCAAAUUACAGUGCCGAGCUCAGCUGUCCGACUUUGGCACGGCGGAACUUCUGGGAGAGAGGAUAUUCCGUGCCGAACGAAACGGAUACACGGGAACAAUAGAAUUCACGGCCCCGGAGCUGCUGGAGACCGAUGAACGGGGACUCUUCAGCCCGAAUUAUGACAUGAAGUCUGACAUGUGGAGCCUCGGGAUGAUUCUUUACGCGAUGUGCUACGCACGCGUCCCGUACACAGACAAAGAACCAUCCAGGUGCCGGCGACUGAUCCUUGGACAUACGUGUUUAUCAUUUCCUAAACGUCCUCCAAGAGACCCUACCUUCAAACUGCUUAUCGGAGCUUUGACAGCAAAGGACAGUGCGCAACGACCGUCAACGGAUGACAUCAUUGAUGACGUGCGUGUCCGUCGAAUUCUAAAUGACAGAGAACGACUUGACAGGGCAGCGGAAGAGAUAGUGAACCUGUUACAAAAGAAGAGCGCUCCGACAGACUCCCUGGCGCGGAGUCAGCAGACAUCGAGGACGAAUAUGAGGCGGUCUGGGACAAAUCUAUCAGGGGUUUGUUCCGGUCUAAACAGAGAAAACGAAGCGCAUUCUGAGUGUGCAAUAGUAUCUCACUCGGGAUCGCCUCUGGUCCCGCUGCCUGCGCUGGGACCGGCAACCGAAGACGGCGCUGAAGGUCAAGAUCAACAGCUUGCCUGCAGAGUGGGCGCGAGCACGACAGCAUUUGCACUUGACAGCCUGCGGUAACAUAUGUGUGGACGAUGUAUAUGAGUGUUUUUGCCGUGUCCGACGUUGCCGUCCGGUAUCGGUUUUUCCUUUUUAUCUCUUGUGUGUAAGACAGCGGGUACAACCGCAAAAGAAUUGAUGCCGGAAAUUUAAUACGCUCGUCACUGU